AUGGGCCCACCAGCGACUGUCAAACAAGCAGUCAACGCGUCGUCGCCGCCAAAAGAUGUCAUCAGCCCAAUGAGCUAUCGCACUGGAGAAGAUCGCAAUCUCUUCUUUUUGGUGAAAUUGAUUAAUGACUUUCCUGAGGAUCGCAGGUACUUGGUCAACCCAAUGAACUUGACGACCCACAACGACAAUCCAGCCGGUAUCCAUGUCUUCGUCGAUGCCAGCAACAUCUUCAUCGGCUUCAACGAUCAACUCAAAUUCACACGCAACAUUCCUCGAAUGAGACACAUGCAGCAAGCCGACAUGUCUUUCGACUCUUUGGCGCUCCUCAUGGAGAGGCGCCGCCCAAUCGCCAAGCGAGCCCUGGUUGGCUCGAAGCCAUACGUUUCAGCAUUCGACAAGGCGAAAGCCGUUGGUUACGAAUGCUCCAUCUUGGACAAGGUUUACAAGGCCCGCGAACUCACAGAUCGCCAAAUAUACUUCAAGGAACUCGAGCGCCGCACGUAUGGUCGGUCCACGAAAGUGGCCCCUCCGUCCAGUGCGGUCGUCGUUAGCGCCGGUUCUCCAGCCUCGAAAGUGGUUAUUGGGAACGGAAGUGGUAGUGGCUCGGAAACGAACACGCCGCAAUACGCUAAGCAUGCUUGGGUUGAGCAAGGUGUUGAUGAGGUCUUGCACUUGAAGAUGAUGGAGUCUAUCGUUGACUUUGACGAACCUUCUACGAUGGUGUUGGCGACUGGAGAUGCUGCUCAAGCGGAGUACAGCGCAGGAUUCCUGAAGAUGGCACAACGAGCUUUGCAGAAGGGUUGGAAUGUGGAACUUGUCACUUGGAGUAAAGGAAUCAACGGCCAGUACAAGGAAUUGGCGCGCUAUUGGGGCGAGAAAUUCAAGAUCAUCUGGUUGGAUGACUAUGCGGAGGAGCUGCUUGACAUGUGA